AUGGCUAAAGUACAUCCAGAAAUCGUACUCGAUCCGAAUCAGCUGCCAAAAACUGUGACAACAAUUCCAUCCGCGUCAUCCUCUCCGUCAGCAACGCUACCACCACGGCAGUUGCCAAAAUCUUUGACUGAUUUCAAAUUAUAUGUGGAUUCAAAAUGUUGUUAUCACUCGGUACCACUCGAAACAGCUGAACUUGUAAACGUGCACCCGAAAGUUGCCUACAAAUGUCAGAUAAAGAUACUUAUGGAAGUCAGAAGUGAACAUUGGAAAGUAGAACCUGCAACGUGGAACCAUGAAACAAUACUCGCCAGUACUACUUUAGGUCGAUGGUUCGAGGAUACCAAACGUGGUGGUCAACCGAUAGGCAAUAUAUGGAAUGAUUACAACUUCCAGCUUCCGUCGUCGGACGAAAAGUCAACAGAUGAACGAGCAUUGCCUCAUUGUAACUAUUUGACCAGAUGUGAUGACUGUACAGGAAAAGGCUUAAAAACAUGCAAACUGUCAGAAUGUGGUGGAAGUGGUGAAGUUCGAUGCACUCGAUGCAAUGGACAGGGUCGAACAGAAACAGCAACACACAUUAUUAUAUGCGGAUGUAACAAUGGUAAGGUCCGUUGCUCAGUUUGUAAAGGUGGAGGAAAAGUGCAUUGCUCAACGUGUAAAGGUUAUGGUGGAUUCUACCACUCAGCUAGUUUGCGAGCUGAAUGGCAUACACGAAUAACCACAUGGUACUGCCAAAAUUCAUUUCUACCUGAGAAACAAAUUGAGAAAGCACAACGUGUCGUCUUCUGGAGAAAUACACAACAGCCAUGGUCAAAAGAUGCAUCCAUCAAUGAAUUUGUUCGCUCGCUCCAACAGGAUCAAGCACAUGAGAAGAUCCAGCUGAAAAUGAAUCUUAUAAGGGAAUAUCAGGAGAAACAUCUUCAGCCAACAUUAGGAAAUAAUAAUAGAAUGCGCAGAUUGGUUUGCACAAUAGAAAAGUUGGAUUUUGAAGAAGUUCACUACACUCUCAACAUGAAAUAUGUUAAUAAAAAAAAUUCAGCAUUAGUUUCUCCAAAUUUUCUAAUGAAUACAUUUGUUCGUAAUAAUGAGAAGAAGUUAAAAGUAACAUUCAAUGAUGAUAAACUUUCAACUAUAAUUUCAUACUUUACAUUAAAUUAA